AAUUAUUCAUUCAUUUUCAUUUGAAUAGUAAAUCACCUUCAAACAUUACGGUUUGGCUUAUCUUACUGACGUUCUGUAGUCCUUUUACACUGUCACCUCCAGAUGAUGAUGAGUUAUGGUUUGAAGCUUUCUGAGGUCAUGUAUUUGCAAAUGGAAAAUGUACUGUAAGCUAUUCUAGGAAAGGGAUGGGAUGUUUGCAGAGCUGAGUUUACCGGAAGGACUUCACAUUACUCAUCAAUAAUAGAUUAUGUCUUUAUCCAUUAUGACACACCACUGGCUCUGUUUGUGGCUACCAGCCUGUUUUGUGAAUAUCACACUAUUCGCUUUUCCUCCUCAAAAAGGAAGGGACUUACGUGGACAACUUCUUGAGAUAAGCAGUGUUUCCAAUGAGGUGCCACAAGAUGCAUUAUUCAUGCUAGUGAGCUGAUGAUGUAAGAGUGAGAAGCCCUGGGAUGGUUUAUUGAAGCGCACUUAUGUAUGCAAGGAGAGACUCUGCACUCAAGAUGGGUGUGUGGCAGGGAUCAAUGUGCUCUCAACUCCUAGCCCAGCACAGUUGUCUGACAGAGAGUGGAGAUGUUGGGACUGAGUGAUUGUAUCUCUCUUUUCUUCUGUCAUGGCUCUGGAGACAAGGACACCCAUUGAAGGGAGGAGAGAGGAAGGUUGCAAGGCAGCUGUGCGUCGAGACAUUACCAGACAUGGCUUCAGCAAACGUUACACUGGAGAAUCAGCUGCAAAGUGCACAGAAAAACCUUCUGUUCCUCCAGCAGGACCAUGCUAACACACUGAAGGGGUUACAUGCAGAGAUCCGCAGAUUACAACAGCAAUGCACAGACCUGACAUACGAGCUCACAAUGCGAAGCUCUGACCCAUCAGACAGUGGUGAGGCCCGAUGCAAGGAGCUGCAAAGAAGGUGUGAGGAGCUUGAGGCCCAGCUGAAGAAGAAGGAGGAGGAGAACACAGAGUUGCUCAGGGACCUGGAACAGAAGAAUGCGAUGAUCUCUGUCCUGGAAAACACCAUCAAGGAGAGGGAGAAGAAGUACCUGGAGGAGCUGAAGAUGAAGAGCCACAAGCUGGCGGUUUUGUCUGGGGAGCUGGAGCAGAGAGCGAGCACCAUUGCUUACCUUACCUCACAACUUCACGCCACAAAGAAGAAGUUAUUAGCUGGCAGUUCCUCUGAGGCGAGCCCCAACGUCAGUCCCGUCUCCUCAUACAAGCCCACGCCUCCGCCGCCCAAGGACAGGCAGCCCGAGACCCCUCGCCGCCGCAUGAAGAAGAGCCUGUCCCAGCCUCUCCACCCAGAGUUGACAGAGGUGUACCGGCUCGGCCCAGAUGGCAGGCGCGUGGUUCUGCGGGAGACGGUGGACGCCAUGCCCGACCCCACGCCGUUCUUGCAGGCUGGAAGAGAUUCUCCCGAGCCACAGGUGGUGCGCGAGCGUCCUGCCGUUAUCCCCCCCAUCGCCUCGGACCGCUCCCCCGCCCCCCCGCUGGGCGCCGUGGCCAGUCCUCGCCACAGCCCCGCACGGGACCGUCAGCACAGGGCUCACGUGGGCGUGGCGCACCGCAUCCCACACGGCACACCGCCCCUGGCCCCGCCGCAGGCCGAGCUGGAGACACUGGCCGUGGACCAGGUCAGUGAGGAGAAGGUGGUGCGAAAGCGCUCAGGAGCCGACAGGACAGUGUAACACUGCAAUGCUACCAUGCACAUUAAUGCACAUACAUAUCUAAUGUAUCCACGCUGCACUGGAGCCUGGCACUCGGUGUAGUCUGCUUUUUACGCAACACUGCAAUAUUGAAAAAAGGACAAAAGUAACAUUUUGUCUGUGGUCGCCCUCAAAGACUCGUUUUCCUUCAUAUACAGUAGUAAAGAACUAUUACUAAGCAUGCCAAAUGUUUCUUAUAUACAACCCAAUCAGAGCUUGUAUUAUACACAGUCUUUGCUCAAACAUUCACUUCAGUCUGUCUUAUAUGGUGCACACGACAAACUCUCAGCCAAAUAUCUGCAUCAGUGCCUGCUCGACCCGUUCAACCAUUCGCAAGCUGUGUAGUGUAGUCAAGGCUUCUAGCUACCGUACCUUCACAUAUCACUGUCUGCUUCACAUCAACGACACUCCCGACAUAUCAGUAAACGAUAUGCCAAAAUGUCUGCAGCUGCUUAGGCUAGAGUUCAAAUUAUUAAACUAAUAUUCCAUGAAUGUCUCAUAUCUUCUAGUGAUAUCAGCAUAAUAACGUUACUGUAGGUUCAAGGUGCAUAAUGUGCAAUUGAAUCCUGCUGGCUAUCGAGGUGACAGAGCCACAAUUUCAUGCAUCUUUUGUUUGAAUGCAGUAUGAAGUAAGGAUGAAAUAGCGUGUACGUGCGUUCCAGAGAGGAUCGCUGAGGCCAAUGAGAGACUUGUGCUUUAGCUUAAAUACCCACUGAUGUUAUUUGUAAUACAAGGGCAUUUUUGAAAACGCUCCCCUCAAGGGAUUUUGUGGUGUCAUUAACUGUACUUUGUAAAGCCUGCACAUUUGUAAGGAAUUCUUUUUAAUUUAUUGUUUAAUAGAAAACACAGAAACAGCUUGACAGUAAUUCCAGCACCACGGACAUGCCAGUGAUUUUAUCCACUCAGUAUUCUGCUUUUCACAUGGGCAUCGCCUGUACACACUUCAAUAAAGCAAUGCUGUUUUCUUUG